GGGACUUUCUCGACUGCACUCAACCACCCUCUCGGCGCCGAAGCCUCAUCCGCCAAUGGCUGGGGGUGUGUGUGUGACUUUUCGACGUCUCAGCGCAUGCGCAAAAGCCACUUUGGAAGGCUAAAGGAAGUGCUUGAAGUCACCCGAAGCCGGCAGUAGGGCCUGUGAUUGCCCAAAGAGAUACAGUCCCGAGUCUUUUUUUAGCACUUCCGAUGUGAAAACCAGGAGUUCACGCUCUUCGUUUCCAAGGUGAAAUCUCAGAGACUUUUCACUGUAGAGACGUCGACAGAUAGAGACUGGAGGAGCGGAUUCAGGGCCUGGAGUCUCUGCUGACCGUCUAAAGCCAGCAACCGAAAACCUGGAUUUUGGAUCUGUGUGUCUUGGCGGAUCAGUUUGUGCGACUACAUCCCGUCUGAAAAAUAAAAAUCCAUUCCCAAGAUUUUUUUUUCUCGGAGCUGGAGGCUAUGGACUACGGAGAUGGGCGGAGAAAGAGAUUUCCUUCCUGGGUUUAACCAGUAACAGCAUCAGACUAUGAAAAAACCAUUACAAGGUGUUCGUUAUUUAUUUUCCGAUGUCAAAGGCUGUCUGAAUAAAGGAAGAACAGGAACGUUUGUGCCUGCUUUGGAAAGAAAGCAUUGACAUCUGAUUGCCAUGGCUGCUGUGGAUAGCUUCUCCCUUCUACUCCGAGAGAUUGGACAGUCCUGCAGUUGUUAUGUGGAGACAUUGGCUUUGAUUGGAGCCCUUUAUACAGCCAAGAUGUGUUUCACCUUUGUAAAUGAUACUUACACGCUGAUCCGGUUGCAUUUCAUUCCUAGAUUGGUUAGGAAGGCUGACCUAGUCAACCUGUAUGGAAAAUGGGCUGUUGUCACAGGUGGCACCUCAGGCAUCGGCAAGUACUACGCUAAAGAACUGGCGAGCCGCAAUGUUAAUGUUAUCUUAAUUAGCCGGAACCAGGAGAAGCUAGAGGCCCUUGCCCAUGAGAUAGCCAACACCUAUGAGGUGGAGACUGCUAUCAUUGUGGUGGACUUCAACAAAGGCAGCGAGAUCUACCCUGCCCUCAAGAAAGUCUUGGAGGACAAAGAGAUCGGCAUCUUGGUGAACAACGUCGGUGUGUUCUACACUCACCCAGACUAUUUCACCAAUCUGUCCUGGGAUAAAAUUUGGGAGCUCAUCAACAUCAACAUCGGGGCAGCCAAUAUGAUGAUACAUCUGGUCUUGCCAGGGAUGGUGCAGAGGAAGAAGGGGGCGAUCGUGAACAUUUCCUCGAUGUCUUGCUGCCAGCCGACCCCUCUGAUGACGGCAUAUUCCGCCUCCAAGGCCUACCUGGACCAUUUCAGCAGAGCACUUCAUUAUGAAUAUGCUCCUCAAGGCAUCUUUGUCCAGAGCUUGAUUCCAUUCUUCAUUUCCACCAACAUGACAAAAUUCGGCAACCAGCUCACCAAAAAAAGUUUCUUCGUGCCUUCUGCUGAAGAGUAUGCACAUCAUGCUGUGACCACUCUUGGGAUCUCCAAAAGGACCACCGGCUACUGGCUACAUACAAUCCUGUUUCUCUUGGGACAAUACAUACCAGAAUGGUUGUGGACCUGGGGAGCAUACCGAAUUAACAACAACUUGCGCCUAGAAGCCAUUUCGAAAGGAUCACAUUAAGUGUGCAGCCUGGAGAAAAGCCACUGUCUAGAAGCCUGCUCAAAUGAUAUCUGUCAUGCAGGCUUCCAAAGACUGCCAGUCCUGCUUUUAUUCUUGUUUUUAGGACCCACUGAAAUUGAACAGGCAAAAGAAGAAGAAACCUUGUUUAGAUCAGGUAGCCAGUUUUCAUUCUACAAUGCAAAGGCCCUCGUUUCCUUUAGAUACAAACUGGUUCUUGCGCCAGUGGGGGUCAGAAGUGAAGGAACACUUUGGAAGCUGGAUGAAGGAAGCUGUAAAUGCUGCUUCAGGGUCUGUGUCUAUGAGAGUUGCAGGCCAUGGAAAGUUGUGCUGGAAGGAGACUGUUCAGCACCAAAAUUCUGUCCAACCAUUUGAAUGUGGUGUACUAGAUUUCUUCAUUACUAUCCCCCAUUUCUCUGCAGAGAUUCUCAUGCUUAAACUGGGACAGUGGAUGCAGUGUUACAAAAGCACCUGAAGCCAUUUUUUUGAAAGUGGGAAGGAAUGUAUUUUUUAGUUUAUAUGGUGAGAUUUCCUUUUUAGUGAAUUGCUUGAGCAGUCUGUCUGUGUGACUUAGCUGUGAAUUUUGUAAUGUCAGGAUGACAGAGCUGUGAGACCUCAGAUGAAAAUAAUUUCUUUUUCCAUAUCAAGUUAGGACUCCUGUCUAGAAAUAGUCCAUUAGUCAUCUUUGACGUGUCUGUAGAUUUGUGGUUUGUACACACAGCCUGUUGAAGUGUGAAAAUAUUGAAGUCUCUCAUUGAGUAUGCAAAAAAAAUAGUGUUUGUGAUUCUUAUAUACACAGUAAUAGUCAUACCUUCUGAUAUUUCACAGAUGAAAAACUGACAUACUUGCCUGAACCAGAUUCUCUUAGCAGGGAUCAUUGGAUGAAUCAUUUCACUGCUGAAACAUUAUUGCUGGGUCCAUUGAUCCCUAACAUGGUACCUGUUGAUGUGUUUCCUGGUAUCCAUUUGCUAUCCCUAGCUUUUCACCACCUACUUUCAGCAGGGGAUACUUCAGAUGAACCCAGAAGGCAGUGCCCUUGUGUCCACGGGAGAAACCAGUUCAGAAACAGCUGCCUCCAUCAUAGAAGAUGCUUGGUUUGCUGCCCCUCAGUGUUUUCUGAUUGGCCCAUCGCCCCAUGGCAAUAUGUUUUCGCACCCUGACCUGCUACCAGUAGAAUAAAAUGAUUCUGUGAGGCCCAAGCAUGUGAUUUGAGUUAGCACUCAUGCCUUGUGGCCAGAUGAACUGCAGGGAACUUAUUGCACCAAAUGCUGCCAGGCCUAAUUUUGAUUGAGAUUACAGUACAGUGUUUUCCUGACCCAAAAUGACCGCAGUGGGGGCACUUCUUGUGCCAUUGCCGGGCUGUAUCAUCUGGCUGUAGGGAAUAUGAGCUGAGUAGGGAGAACCUAGACCUGGCUUAUGCACAAACAUAGUUGUCAACAGUUCACAGUGGAUCUCUGCAUCAGUGUAUGGCCAUUCACUGCCUGGUGCCUUAGUGUUUUGUGAAUUCAUGUUUCCAUAUAUUUAGAUCUGAGUGGGUAGGACAAUGUAUCUUCUCUAGCAUGCCCUGGAGCAGAUGCAUUCUCCUAUCCACUCACUUUUGAAUUCUAGAAACCUAGAGGAGGUCCCCCUGAAGUGAAAGAAAGUCAUACUUAGAACAUUUUAACAAGGCAAUCCCCAAACGGAAAACAAAUAGGCAACAUGAUUUGUCAGAUAAUGGUGUUGAUUAACAGGUGCCAGCCAGUGCACAUAGCAUUUAUUUUUACAAUGCUAUCAAUACAUAUGGUGUUUUACUUAAUUAUAUUUCAUAUAAUUUUCUGAUUGCUAAUGAGGUUAGCAGAAUGACGACCUUUGCAUUCCUUCUAUCUUGUUCCUUUCUGCUGAAGGGUGACUGGUUACUGGUGUAUUCCUUAAGAACAGGAGGAACCAAGAGAUUGUUGAUCCAGACUCAAUGGAAGGGGUCUUGUGUCUCCUGCCAGCUGUGAUUUUUACUGCCCUUAGUGUUGGAAUCUCCCCUCCCCUCAUUUGUUUUAACAGCAGUUUUCAGGGUUAAACUGAAAUAUGGCAAAGGAUGUACGAAUUUUUUCUUGAAAACUUUCAUGGUAAAUUCUAUAAACAUUGAGAAGGUUCAUUUCUGUUGCUCUUCAAACCUGCCACAGGGAGGAGAAAGAGUCUUGAAGCCCCUUUCUACAAAGGCUGCAAAACAAUGUAUGAAUGCAAAAUUGAUGGCUAUUAACUAAAUGGGAUUAAGUUUAGUUUCUUAUGAAUUUAAAAUUGAGUACAUCUUUUUAAGGCAUUAUGGGUUUUUAAGUGUUAGCAAACAUCUCAUGUUCUGUUCAUGUGCUGUAAUUGUAAGCCUGUUUACUGGGGACACAAAUGCCACUAAAACCAAACUAACAAUGUUUGGGGUUCAUGGUUCGUUAAAAAAUGACCACCUGUAGUUAGAAAAAAGAAUUGAACUAAAUGAACAGAUCCACUAGUAACCAUUUCUAAUAUUGGUGAAUCGUAUCUGAUUGUGCAUUAAUAAAAUAAAUGAAAGUGAAAAUCGAGUUAAAUUUGUUUAGAUUGGCAGUCCCACGCUCUCCCGAAGGUGGUGAUGACUUCACGGACCCAUACAGCACUCAUCUAAGCAGUACGCAAAGCAGAGUGUAUAUAUACUCUUAGUCUCAUUUACUUCAAAAGGAUUUUCUUAAACUAGCGUGACUCUGUUCAGCGUAACUUUGUUAAUAAAGCAAAGCUUGCCAUAAAGACUCAUCAA